AUGUCUGCCUACACCAUGUUGGCCGAUCAGUCACAGCUGGCUGCUCCGGCAUUCACCACCGCGGAUGCCGUGACACUAGAUCCGUCAUUUGACAACACCUUGUCGGGAGAUUUUAUGAGUUUUGGUCUCACUACCGAAGAAGAGCCCGUCUGGAAUAUGAGCCCGAUAUCACCAUCCUUUGACGAUUGGAACCCCAACAAGACUGCUUUUGUUUCGGCUGCUGCUUUAGAGCGAGACCUCAAACACGCCCAAGUCCGCAACGGCCAACCUACUCCGCCAUUAGACGAAAAACAGCAGCAGACUCUGUCGGGAGAUAUCAUGGCAGUCUUCGACAGCCGAAACUCUUGGGACGACACUCCGACUCCGCCAAGCAGUGAGGGCCGGAGUCGUAAUAGCUCGGCCGACAACAACACCGCCGGGUUUGCCUAUGCAGCUAUGUCGAAGAGGCGCAGACUGCGUGAGCAUAAGCCGUCAAUAGCAACUACGAUCAGCAGCGGAGCAGACUCAGAGGGUGAAGGUCAGGAUCACGCCAAGCGGGAGAAAUUCCUCGAACGGAACAGGCUAGCUGCCAGCAAAUGCCGGCAAAAGAAGAAAGAGCACACCAUGUUGCUCGAGUCCCGGUUCAAAGAACAGUCGGACAAGCGAGAGCGGCUCAACUCGGAGAUCUCACGGCUGCGUGGGGAAGUCUUGGGAUUGAAAAAUGAGGUUCUACGACAUGCUCAAUGCGGUGACGAACCGAUCAAACUUCACCUUGCUCAGAUGGUCAAACAGAUUGCGAGUAAAGAUCGAGAUGACCACACCGAAAGCAGUGAACAGCUGUCUGACACGACGCCCCCAAUCCGCGGAUCUGUCUCGUUUGGAUUUGACGAGGCAUCUUUACCAAUGGACGGUUCUAGUGCACUCGAACAGCAGUUGCGACGAGAGUCGGAAGCAUCGAUUGCUCUGUCUGGCGAAGACGACUUUGAAGACUUGCUCAACGUCGGUUGA